CGCGCCGCGGCCGCGUCUUCCCCGCCGGGCCCUUAACGACCGAGCGGCAGCGCCGGCAGCCCAGAGGUGCGGCGGGGCGGGACCGGAGCGGGGGGGUCGCACCGCGCCGCGCUGCCCUGCGCCAUCGCUACCCCCACACACACAGGGUAUCGCCGCCCGCCCGGCGAUAGCCCAGCGUCGAGGCAGAGCUUCCCGGCACCGUGGGCUCUCGGCUUUAAUGUUUUUAUCGUAUGGAAAACAGUAAUCUUUGAAGCUCCUCAACUACAGAUGUUUAUAGUCGAAGGUGAUGUUGAUUUUUCAGAGUUCAUAGACGUAAAAAGCUGCAUAAUGGAUAUUAGGAGUUCGUCUUCUACAGUCAUUCCUGCAGUCCAGGAAGCUAAUUGCCUAGAUAGUGACAAGAAUGAGUCACAGUUACUACAAAAUAGCGAUGAAUCAGAAUUGGACACUGAUGAAGAUCUGGCAUGGCAACUCUAUGAAGCCGAAAAAGAAAAAUUAGACAUAGCCGUUAAACACCAUCAAGAACUGUCUAACUGUAAAAUCCAGAUUGUCAAAUUACGGUGUGAAGUUGAGAAAGGAGAGGCAGUGCGACAAAGUCUGGAGUAUGAAUUGGCAGUUGCCAGAAAAGAUGCUCAUUUGAGAAUGUGUGAUGCAGAAGAGGAAUUAAGUGAUGUAAAAACCAGGCUUGUGGAGCUGCAAGCAUCGAAUGAAAAACUUCAGCAGAAAGUGGUAGAGACUGAGAAAGCAUUUCAUAUUGCUCAACAAAAGUGGAAAGAACAACAGCAAAGACUUGCAAAUGAAAAGGAUGAUAUUCUCAGAAAAUGCAAGGAUGAAUAUGAAUUGCUUCUUAAGGAGAGAACCAAACUGGAAAGUGUUUUGCAGGCAGCUACAGUGAGAAUAAAGAAAUUGGAAGAAAACACUGAAGCAGAGAGAGCAGCGCAUUUGGAAUCCAAGUUCAAUUCAGAAAUCAUCCAGCUAAGAAUUCGAGACCUUGAAGGAGCUUUGCAGGUAGAAAAAGUCAGUCAAGCAGAAACUCUUUCGGAUUUAGAAAUGAUCAGGAAGGAGUUCAAAGAGGUAGAAAAUGCAUAUGAGAGAGAAAAACAGAAUGCCCAAGAGAACCUGGAAAAACUCAGUAUAUUAAAAAGAGAGUAUUUCUCCACAAACAAGCAAAUGAAUGAGAAGAUUGAGGAAAAGAAAAAGGUAAUUAAAGAUCUCUCUGAGAGACUACAGGAUAAUGAAAAAACUCGCAGAGAAUUACAAGAGGAACUUGCAAUGGCCAAGAAACACCAGGUCUUUCUAACAGAGACGUAUGAAAACAACAUGAGAGAGCUGGAGUUACUCUUGGACAGCUUUGCUAUGUCAGGCCAGCGGACAGCAGGCACUUGUAAGGACAAAGAUAAACCUUCAAGCUUCUCUGUCCUUGAGACUUUGAAUUGUACCUUGACAGCUUACCAGAACAAGCUGGAAGAUACGUCUAAUGAGCUUGGGAAAAUGACGGCUUUGUGUGAAAAGAUGACAAAAGAACUUGAGAUAUCCAAAGAGAAAAUGUAUGCUUUAAGUCAAGACCUUAAGGAAGCACAGGAUAACCUGGCUGAUGCCAAUAAAGAGUUAAAUCAUCUGCAUACUAAGUGUGCAGACAAAGAGAUUUUAAUAGGAGCUUUAAAAAUGGAGCUACAGAAUGUACAGCAGUGCUGGGAGAAGGAGAAAGUAUGUGCCACAGAAUCUGAAAAUGAAAUCCAGAAGCUUACCAGGGCUUACCAGAAGGAUAUGGAGGAGAAGCUAACCUUCCUCCAUGGCUUGUACCAGCGGUUGGUAGCUGGCUGUGUGCUUAUAAAACAACCAGAAGGCAUCCUAGAUAGAUUCUCUUGGUCUGAGCUUUGUGCAGUCUUGCAGGAGAAUGUUGAUGCCCUGAUCUUAGACCUCAACAGGGCUAAUGAGAAGAUAUCUCACCUAGAAUAUGUUUAUAAGAACAAGUACGAUACUAUGAAGGAGCUUCAGCAAAGCCAGGAAGAAGCUUUUAGCAAAAUGGCCAAACAGAUGAAAGCACAGGAAAGCUGUUGGCAGAAACAAAAAAAGUAUCUGGAGCAGCAGUACUCAGGUCUCCUUGGGGAAGUUCAUGCAAGGGCACAGGAAUACCAAGAAACAGCAGAGAAAAACAAGGAAACAAUCUAUGACCUUGAAAAAAGAUGGGAGAAGUUGGCCCUUGAAAAUAUUUGUGUGAAAAAUACAUUAACACAGAUUCAGAAGGAACAUUCAUCUCUCCUGGCAGCAUGUGCACUAUUGGCAGGUGCCCUGUAUCCUCUCUAUGGCCGAUCAUGUGCUCUGUCUACACAAAGACAUCUUCUGCAGGAUCAGGUCAACAUCUAUGAGUCAGUUAACCAGGAGAUUAGGACUCUAGUUCAUGCUCUCUCUGGUGUGGAGGAAAAGAAGCAAGAAUCUAAAAUGAAGAAAAGAAAAUUCAAAGGCCUGAUACGUGUGUUCCGAAGAGGUGUGAUUGCAGUUCUGGCAGCCAACAGGCUUAAAGUUUUAGCUCAGUCUUCUAGUUCUCUCUUCUCCUGGGUAAAUGGCUUCAAAGAAGGCAUUGGAAUUCUAGUUUGUGUAGGGGACUCCAAAGGCAAGCAUAAUCUGUCAAGACACAAAGAGGAACAAAUUGAUUGCGUUGAAGCACUCAGCUGGUUUACUAGUUCUAAGCUCCAUGCUGCAAUAAUCAGUUCUGUCACAGAAUUACAGGAUGUUGUUAACAAAACAGAUCCAAAUUCCUGGCUUUCUGGACACUUACUUGUAAGUGCAGCCAGGAACUCCUUUUCAAAACUUAUGGACAAGCUUAAUGUAAUAAUGGAGACUAUUCCAUUAGACAGCAGCAUGAGCAUUUCCUAUACGGAGAAGGACUCCUUGGUGCAGAGGCUGGCUCGUGGACUUCAUAAAAUAAACGCCCAGGCUGUGGAAGCUGGAUUUUGUGACAGACUACCCAUUAUGAAAAGCAUAGCAUCCUUGCAGAAGCAAAUAUUUGAGUUUACACAAAGACUUCAUAAGGCAGAAGUGGAACGACGCUCAUUGCGCCUAGAACUUGUAGAAUUCAAAGGGAAUUUCAGUGAGAUGAAAAAAGAGGCUGACAAAGCUCAGAGCCUGCAAGAGCAAUUAAACAUGUUUAAGCAAUCUAAAUUGAUCACUCAUGAGAGGUUUGAAAGUGCAUGUGAAGAAUUAAAUAAUGCAUUACAUCGGGAGCAUCAGGCACAAGUGCUUUUGAAUGAACAGGCACAGCAGCUACAGGAAUUAAAUAAUAAACUAGAAUUGCACUCCAGUGAAGAAGCAGAUAAAAACCAAGUCUUAAGUGAAACUGUAAAGAUGCAACUGAAGUAUGUAUAAGCCAUUAGGCUUAUUUGGGAAAUACUUGAUUAAAAUUUUUAAAAUGAAUAUUAGGAUCAUAAAGAAGGGAAGGAAUAAAACACAGGUGCUACAUGAAAUCUUCAUUAGGUUCUACUCUUUAUACAUUGCUGUAUGGUACUCCACCAUAUUAAACUUGAUAUGCAAAUCCUUCCUUUGAAUUUGUUCGGAAGAGAUGAGGCGAAGUCAAUUGUAAGCAUUUAAAAUAUAUGAUCGAGUUUUAAACAAAUCUAUUAAAUGGAUUAUUGGUUACUGAAUAAGAUUUAACAGCUUUUUGGCUUUAUUAAUUAAAAGAUAGAUAUUUUAUGUUUUAGACAGUGCUUGUCCAGAAAUGCACCGUAUUUCUGCAACCCCCAGCAGUUGUUGGCUACUGGAACAACUUGGUUUAAUGCUUGAUAAUAACUUACCAGAGCUUGUAAAGAUACAGUACAAUGUAACAAUAUACAUGUAGCUGUAGUGAUAGAAUAAAGGCUACAAAAGUUGACAAAAUAAGCCUUAAAACUGCAACUUUGACCACUUACAGUUACGCUGCUUUGUUUUUCUAGAUGUAUUACCCUGUAAUUCUCAAUUUUUUCCAUGGAUGAAUUUAAACUAACUAAAUGAACUUACCAUACUUGCCCCAUAGUAACUGUAGCAAUUAAAAUUAGUGUGUAACUAACUUCUGUGUAGGUAUUAGAAAGUUUAUUGAUUGUCUCUUAAUUCUUUCCUGACGUUGGCUACCCUAGUCAGCAUAAAAUUGCACUGUGGUUGUAAAGGCUUAUCACUGUAUAAAAAAAGGAAACAAAAUCUGUUGUAGUAAUAUGACAACCUAGAUUCAAGAUCUGUUAUUUUUUGACCUCUUAUCAUGCAUAUUGAUCUUAUAAUGCAUACUUCCUAAAUCAUCACCAUUUAAUUUUUAUCGUUGUUUUUCUACAGUCUCUGUGUUAACCCAAAAACCAGUUCCAAACCUGUGCUAAAUAUGUAACUCCUAACGUCAAGUGACAGUCUAACACAAACUACUUACCAAGGGAUAAAAACAGUUUUUUUUACUUUGAGCUUUCUGUGGUUUAACCCCAGUAGUCAGUUGAGCCUCACACAGCCUCUGGCUCACACUCCUGCAGAAAAGGGAAGUGGAACAGUAAAAAUGAGAAAACUCGCGGGCUGAGAUAAAGACAGGUUAGCUAAAAACAAACAAACAAAAAACAAACAGUGCACACAUGUAAAGCAAAAUAACGAAUUCAUUCACAACUUCCUGUUGGCAAGCAGAUGCUGAGCCAUUUCCGGGAAAGCAGGGCUCCAUAAUAAGUUAUGGUUACUUUACAAAUACAACUCUAAAUGUGCCCUCCCUCCAUCUUUCUCCCCAGCUUUCGUUGCUGUACACUUCAUAUGGUACAGGGUUUUCCUUUGCUUAGGUGGGGUCAGCUGUCCUGGCUGUGUCCCCUCCCAGCUUCUUGUGAACCACCAUCCUCCUCAGUGAUAGGGCAGCGUGAGAAGCAGGAGUCUUUGUGGAAGCAGUGCUCAGCAACAGACAAAACAUUAGUGAUACCAAGGCUGUUUUGGUCACAAAUCCAAAAUAUAGCACCAUAUGAGCUUCUGUGAAGAAAAUUAAGUCUGUGCCAACUGAAACCAGGACAGAGCUGUGCAUGCUACGUGUUUUUUUUUUUUUUCUUUUUUCUUUUCCUAAUUUAUGAAAAUGUCUUUAAACUUUUUUUGUGCUACAGUUUACCACAAUCCCUCUUUAUUCAUAGCUGUAUUCAGGAUAGGCAUGAAUGGUCUCUGCCUCUGCCGUGAUGUUUUAAGUGGCACGUCGUUUGUCUUGGCUCAUCUUUUUUUGUGACUUGAAGUUGUUUUUUUUGUAGCUCUUAUUUUACAGUACAGAGGAAUAAUCUAAUCUCUGGUAAUUGUUGCUUAUAAAACUGACUGUGUAAAACUUGGUGCUUUUACAAUUUAAUCUCUUCAGUAGUAUUGAAGUAUAGAAAGAAGUGGUGCUGCACUGAAUAAAAAAUAGAAAAAUAUGCUUUCAUUUUAAGAUAUGAAAUAAUCUUUCAAUCUGGACUAAGCACAUACAAAAAUCUGGAUAAUACAGUGGUGUACAAAUGAUUUCUUGUGGAGUAUAGAAUCCUGGAGUAAAAAAAAAAAAUAACCUUGAAGUCUUCAUUUGUAAUUUAUAUAGUGGUAAGAAGGGGAAAAAUAAAAUAUUUGACAUUUGUACUUUUGAUAACUUAUUUUGAAACUUAUCCACACUUCAAUAGAAAUCAGUAAGGAGAUAUUUUGGUAUUCAUGUACUUUCACAAAGUAGCCUUAUUAAAGGAGUAAUACUUAAUUUCUUAGCUUUAUCGGUUCAGAUUUUAAUCCCGUAUAUUUUUAUCUUCUUAAUGGCAUAUACCAUAGAGACAUCUGAGGUAGCCAAUUACAUUUCAAGGUCAGCUGGAACUAAGCAACUCUUUUAUACCACUUUUUUUUUUUUUUUAUUAGAUGAGUUAAAUUACUAGCUCCAAUUCCCUUUUCUUUGAAGAGACUUUUUAUACAAAUGCCAAACAGGCUUGUAAAGCAGACAUAAUUUUUACUCCUUAUACAAGCAUGUCUUAAUUCCAGUAAAAUACUUUUUCUUCCUAUUGGCAGGAACUGUGUAUAUUUAGAUUUACUUCCUUUUAGGGAUGUUAGUACAUGUAACAAAAGCAAUAUAUUUUUGAGCUUUAAUUUAUGGAGCAUGUCCUGUAAAUUGUUAAUGAAUAACUCUGUUCAUUUCAGGUUUCAACAGCAAUAUAUGCUAAAUCAUGUAACUUGCUACUGAUCUGCCUGAAAAUAGUCUGAAACACAUAUUUCAGAAGAAGAUUGUACCCUGACUAAAUUUUUGUUUCAUUUACUAUGUUGAAUUUAGUGAAGCUACUGUUGAUUUAUGACAGUGUGAGAAAGUAGUCUCAUUCAAGUGCUUUGAUAUCACCACAAAAAAGCAUUUUCUGAUGGGAAGAUUUGGAGUGUUUGCUUUCACUAGCUAUUUCAUUUAAAACAUUAUAUACAUAUUCUGUGUUCAGAAGGUGUAGAAUCUCUUGCUGAAGAGAUUCAUCCAGAUAAAUUAGAUUCUGAUGGAGAGAGGGAUUUCUAGAUUUGUUCAAGUGGAUGUUUUUCCUGAGCAGGCUUGGUGUGGAUUUGAGGUGAAAAUGAUACAUAAUUUGCUGGGGUUUUCUGCCUUUUCUCUUCAAAUAUUUAUAGACAUAUUUUUCCUGAAGAAUAAUUCCAACUAUCUAUACAAUUUAUUUAAUUAAUACCAUUGCACAUGCUUUGAAAAUCAGUUUUAUAGUUGUCAGUUUCUGUAAAUGAUUGCCACAUUCCCACUUACAGAAAGGCUUAACUUAUGUGAGUAAUAGAAUAGAGAGGUUCAGUUGGAAGAACCCCUCAAAGACCCUGUAGUCCAACUUCCUGACCUCCUCAGGGCUCUUUAACAGCCAAAGCAUGUUAGUGAGGGCAUUGUCCAAAUGCCUCGUGAACACUGAGAGGCACAGGGCACCAACCACCCGGCUAGGAAGCCUGUGCCAGUGCCUGACCACCCUCACGGCACAGAAAUGUUUCCUAAUGAUCUUGAGGUCUCUUCCAACCUAGAAAUUCUGUGAUUCUGUGAUUCUAAUGCCCAGCCUGGCCCUCCCCUGGUGCAGCUCCAUGCCAUGCCCUUGUGCCCUGCUAUCAGUGACCACGAGCAGGGACCAGCACCUCCCUGCACAGACCUGCACACAGUAUUCAAGGCGAGGCUGCACCAAUGCUAAAUAUAGAGGGAGGAUCACCUCUAAACAUGCUGUACACCCCAAUGCAGCUUGCUCUCCUGGCUGUCAGGGCACACAGCCAGCUCGUGUUGAACCUGCUGUUGACUAACACCCUCAAGUUCCUUUCUGCAGGGGUGGUCUCCAUCCACUGGUCUCCAAAACUGUGCCAGUGUCCAGCAUUACUCUGUACCAGGUGCAGUACCUGAUGUUUAACCUUGGGAAAUUUCAUGCCUUUGAUGAUUGCCCAAUGCUCCAGUGUAUAUUGAUCCCUCUGGAAGACCUCUUGUUCCUGCUGUGAGCCAACAGGAGCUCCCAUUUAAGUAUCAUCAGCAAACUUGCUAAGGAUGCACUCCAUCCCUGUAUCCAAAUCACUGAUACAAACACUGAACAGAACCAGCCCUAGAGCUGAGCCCUGAGGAACACCACAAGUGCCCAUCUGCCAGCCUGAUGCAGCCCCACUCAUUACAACCCUUUGAACUCUACUGUUGGAAAUCCACUGUCUUCCCUUCAUCCACCAGCAGGUGACCUUACCAUGGAAGGAAAUCGUAUUAGUAAGGCAGGUCUUUCUGUUAAUGAACCCAUGUUGACCAUACCUGAUAAUGUUCUCCAUAACAAACAAGUCCAUGUUUUCCAUGGACUGAAGUUAGACCAACAGGUCUGUAGUUUUCUGCAUCUUCUCUUAUGCCCUUCCUGUAGCUGUAGGGUAUAACACUGACUAGCUUGCAGUCAGCAGGUAAAUGGUUGAGAGGAUUCCUGCUCUAACAUCCUCUAAUGCCUUCAGUGCCCUGGGGUGAAUCCUGUGAGGCCCUAUGGACUUACGAACAUUGAGCAGAUACAACUGUUCCUUUACAGUGUCAGUGACCACUGUAAAAGAAAGUCACUGCUCCCCCAGUUAUGGUCCUCCAACUCCAAGGUCAGGGCAGCCCAAGAUCUGUUGUUGCUGUUAAAUACUGGGGUGAAAAAAGCAUUAAAUGCCUCUGCUUUUUCCUCCUCCUUACUUAUUAGGUGAUCAUAUACUUCAAGUUAUCAGUCCAAUGUUUUGACCUUCUCUUGCUGUUGACAUUGAAAGACUUGAAGAAGCCUUUUUCAUUGCUUGACACCACACUGUCCAGUGUCAACUCAGGUUGAUCUUUGGCUUUUCUUGUUUUCUCCCUGCAGAUGUAAACUGCAGCUCUGUACUGUAAGUGAUUUUCUUGCUUUUCAAAUAGAACAGUGAAGAUUGCAGUCACUGUAAAAAGAGCAAUAUUUGGGGGAUUUUUUAAAACUCUCUGGCAUCUGAAUUUGAAAGGUUGUUAGGAUUUGGCUUUACUGAGCUGUACUUUUGAUUCCCAGGAACUUGUUUGCCACUUUGGCAAGAAAGUGUGUUUCUGUGCGUUGCUCAAUUGAAUCAAAUUAAGGCUGUUCUUUAAAGAAAGCAAUGUGGCUCAUUACUGUUUGUGUCUAACUUACUAGAAACUUAGUAUUAAUCAAAUUUAGUAUGUUGAAGAGAAGCAAGGUCUCUUCUAAACAGGUUAGCAACUAAAAUUCAUGAUUCAUUAUUUUUUAUUAUUUUUAGUUUCCAUAAUCUGUUCUGAACGUUGGAAUAAAUGAUAAAGUAGCUAAGAAUGGAUUAGCAUUGCCAUCUGCCCUAUUCGUAGUCAAAAGAGGUCAUAUGUUUUAUUAUAAUAACUUACAGGUUAAACAGUUUUGUCGUAUAUUUCAAUUUGCAUUAACAGUAUUUGUAAAAUACAUGAGCUUGCUCAUUCUCCUGCUCUGUUACAUAACUUCCACUACUGAUAACUACUUAGGUAGACAGUGUUCAAAGAGUUAGGUCUACUAAAAUCCUUCCCUGAAGCUGGCCCUAUGUGGUUUCUUGUUUAAAGAUUGUACUGCAUUGCGCAUGGAACACAGGAAUGUGGGAAGGCACAGUCUUCCCAGGCCUCCUCCUAGGAGGUACUGUCCUUACACAACAGAUGAGUCAAACAGAGAGCAUCCUGUUGUGGACUGUACCUGAGAGCUUCACUUGACAGUCAAGAAAAAGACACCAAAGAUGUUGAAACCUGCAUUCUAUUUCUCAAUCUACAGUUCUGAUAUAUCUCUCCAUGAUGUUUGUCCAUGUUACUGUCCAUCAUGUCGACAUGUUUGUCCAUCUUACUGUCUUUCUGAUUGCUUUUUUUCUUUUUAAUAUCAGUAAUUUGUAAAUUGAUUUUUCUCUUAGAGAUAAAUAUACUAUGUUUAGCAUUUUGAAAGCAAGUCUACAUGUUCUAUUGCACAGCCAUCCUUCCUUUAACGUUCAAGAUUGAAGGAUUGCCCUGUUCUUUUUCCACUUAGGGAAUCACCUUACUAAAAAUAUUGAUCCUCUGCAUUUCCUCACUGAGCUGACUUUACAGUCGGAUUGUUACAUUGGUGUAUUUCCUUUGUUGUGUGCCUAGAACAUUCAUCAGUAUGCACAAGUCUGGAGGGACUGAGGUCAGUACAUGGUGGGUAGAAAAGUACCGUUCUUGCUCUGGAGUCAUCAAUGAAACAAUCCAGCAACUAAGUUCUUGAAGGUCUGCCUUAGCUUUUCUGAGUCAGGCUUUCUGGAAGAUACAUAACUAAUGAGCAGAACAUGAGAAAUAACAAGGUUUGCAGUUAUGUGGUAGGACGUGUAUUACUGAACAUGAAGUUCAAUACAAUUAAAAUUUUUGCAUCAAACAUAAUUCACUUAGAUGCUCCUAUUUUAAAAUGAUAUUGGCAUUGCAUUUUUUUUUUACUGUUUCAUUCUUCAGCAGUUCCCCCUUUUGUCCAGUUUUGUGAGUUGAAUAUGCCAGUAAUAAUUUACUGACAUUUUAAGACUUUACAUUGCAGUUGGAAUACUUACUUCAUAUCAAGUGAGUGUUUUGUUAUUUUUAUAUUGUUCUACUAGAAAAUGUUUAUUGGUUAACAGUAAGAAUAUUAAGCAUCUGUUUGGCAAUUCUGUAUUACCCUUAAAGAAAAUAAUCUCAAAAAUGACAUCUAUUUUACAAUGACAGAACAGUGAAAAGAAUUGCCAGUUAUGCUAAAAUUCAUAAGAUAAAAAAGAUUAUUUAUCUAAUAAAAAAAACACCAAACUCUUAUGUUGUAUUUUACUUUUAAUGUGUCAAAACAGUUGAAGAUAACUGAGGUAGAUGCUCUCACCAUUAUGACAAUUAUGGUGUAACUUAGGCACUGAAAAAGAACUCUGAAGUAAGUAAUGACUAUGUAAGAUCACUUUAGGUAAUCUUUAAGGAGCUAAUUAAGAAUAGGAGUUAAUUUCCAAUUAAGAAUAUAUAUAUAUUUUUCCAUUCAAUAAGAAGGAAAAUAGGUUUUUCUUUUUAUAGAAAAUUAUGGAAUUAGUUUGAUCAUGCUGGUCUGAUUCAGCAUUCUGAUUUCAACAGUCAUUUUUAUUAAUUACGCACAUAAGCACCCUUCCACUAAGGCAAGUGACCAAGACAGGUAGAAUUUUGCCUAGAACUAAUGCAACUAAUGUGGAAACAAGAAUUGCAAGUAACAAUAGUUUCGUCUGCAAAUUACUUCUGAGUACUUGAUCAGAUGGCUGAGACCUUGUGGUUUUGGGUUAAAUUUAUUAAUGACUGAUACACAGUGAAAUCUAGAAUGCCUUUAUUUAUAUCUUUACAGUGUAGUAAUGUUGCCCAUUUCAGGGAGUACUUUUUCUUGAAGUCUGUUUGCUAAAAAUAAUAGAAAAAAUCUGAUAUUCUGUCAAAAUUUAUUUAUUUUUCCUUUAUUUAGAAAGUAAUUGAAUGAGGCGGAGUGUUUUUGUAGUCCUUUAAAAGUAAUAGUCCAAUAUUUUCCAUGCAUUCUGUCUUUAGGAACUAUUUCUCCCUUUGGUGAAGGGGAAAAUAAGUGGAAAAAUAUCAGAAUCUAAAGGCUUAAUGGUUUUAUUGCUGAAUUUUAAUUAUAAUAAUAAACACCUCUGUCCAUGACCUUGGAAUUUAUAAUGCAGUGAGAGAUUUAUUGACAUGUAAUUCGGAAGAAAAAUGGGAUUAUUGCAUAAUUACAGUGUGUGGUUAUUAAGUGUAUGUACUUACAUACCACUUAUUCCUGUUAUUUCGAGACCUUCAACUAUCUUUCAGUUUUCAUUCAAGAGUACAGAAAAACUUCAUGUCGAAAUCCAGCUCCUGGCAGAUCUGUUAUUUUAUUGGCUCAACUACAAAGUAACUUUGUUACCUUGAGAUGUGCAGUGGAAAUCAAUAGAUCUUUAAAACACCAUUUGAUUUUUUUUUUUAAUGUUCUAAACCCAUUUUUUGCUGGUCAUUUAGAUAUCAACAUGUAGGACUUUCUGCUGUAAAGUUCUUGAUAUACAAGCCCUUUAUACGAAGAUUUGCUUCUUGCUGCUGCUUAACUAGGCUGUCUCUAGGGCCCCUUUAUUUUUUCACCUUAGUCAGGUUUUCCCAUGAUCUCCCUUGCUGUUUGUGUGAAGUUAACUGUCCAGAGAUCUUUUAUAUCUUCUUGUGAAACAUUAAGUAACUAACUCUUAAACACCUGUUUAAAUAUAACGAGGUAUAUCUAGGUUUAGACUAAACUUAGAGAUGCAUUCCUUUGUAUUUUCCCCCUUUCUUAGCUACGUACAGUGAAAGCAGUUAUGUCUAACUUUCUCGUAAGAUGGAUUUUGAAUUUAAUUGGGUUGUAUGUUUUUUAGGUAUUGGUUGAUUUUCAAGGGCAAGUUGCUGGUGGUUUUUUUUAUCCCCUCAAAUUUUCUACCACUGUCAGCUUCCAAUACCUAUACCUAUGAUAUCUUUUUAUCAGGGUAAGUGUGGAAUCUCUUCAAGAGUGUAGUAGGAUAACUAAUUCAAAGCAGCUUACAGUAUGCAUUAUGGGAAACCUGUUGAAGGUCUUGAAUCUUAUUGCUGUCUUAAUAAAACAGUAUUUAAAAGUUUUCAGCUGAAGUAAACCCACCUUAUUUAUUUUAUUUUUGUCUGUAGACUAUAAAAUAAGUAGUUAAGUGAUUAAAACUGACUAAUUUAAGCUUCUCAGUUCUAAGGUAAGUCUCAUGAUUUUUCCAAGUUAGCUGUUGUACAAGAACAUUUCUUAGCUGAGAGAACAAAAAAAUGUGUUCUUUUGAAAAAAGGGAAAAAAAAAUUCAAUAAAGUUAUUGUUUUUUUAUGGUAUCCAAUGUAUUUGAUAAUAACCCACAUUUAUUACUGUGAAAAAUGCAAAUAGUGAUUCAAUUUAAUAGUUGUAGUGAUUUAUUGCUGUCAGUGAGUAUCAUGUUGGCUUCAGGAUCUGUGGGCACCAUGCUCAGAGAAAUGUAUUCCUCAUUUAGAGUUUGUGUUCUCUGUAGGCACUUGAUACACCACAAAGUGUAUCCAGAGGGAAGGGAGACACCCAAUCAAUAUGCCUUUAUAGUACUUUGAUCUUCUUGUUGAAUAUUGGGCUGUGAUAAUCUUUGAAGCUUUUUCAAUGGAACGAUUUAAAUUUGCCUUUUGUAUUUGUUAAAUAUUGUUUUACUCUAUCUGUUCUUUCUGCUGUUAUAUAUGUUCUUUCUGCUGUUACAUAUGUUCAUAUAUAUAUAUGUAUAUAUAUAUAUGCGCUGUUUGCUUACCUCUAUUCCUUUAAUAAAUUGUAAACUUUGAUUAUAAUCCUAUUUUGAAGACCGAGCCAUUUAUAACACUGCUGAGAAGACCGACCACUCUCCAGUUUUUAAUGAAGAGGGACAGUGGUGACCUGCAUUAAAAAAAUACAGAUCUUUU